UCCUCCCUUGAGGCUGUGAAGAAAGAGACCUGUGGCACUGGCUUUGGGACCCUCGUCGAGGAAGCAGGCUCUCGUUGCCGGCCAUGCAGUACCAGCCACCGCUGUUCGCGCCCAGCCCUCUGCUGCAGGCGCCGCACCCGACGCCCUUCUACAUCGAGGACAUCCUGGGCCGAGGCGCGCCCCCGAUGCCCCCUCCGCCGCCCACGCUGCCCUCGCCCAAUUCCUCCUUCACCAGCCUGGUGGCCUCCUACCGGACCCCCAUCUACGAGCCCACGCCCAUCCACGCCGCCUUCGCCCACCCGAUGGCCGCCGCCGCCCACUACGGGGCCCCCGGCGCCUAUGCAGCCGCGGCGGGAACCGGGCCCCUGUAUCCGUUCCCGCGGUCCGACUACGCGCAUGCGCUCAUCCGCCACGACCCCCUGGGGAAGCCACUGCUCUGGGGCUCCUUCAUGCAGAGGCCACUGCACAAGCGGAAGGGUGGCCAAGUGCGCUUCUCCAACGACCAGACCGUGGAGCUGGAGAAGAAGUUUGAGACGCAGAAGUACCUCUCGCCUCCCGAGAGGAAGCGCCUGGCCAAGAUGCUGCAGCUCAGCGAGAGGCAGGUUAAAACUUGGUUUCAGAACCGUCGGGCUAAAUGGAGGCGGCUAAAGCAGGAGAAUCCUCAGGCCAGCAAAAAAGAAGAGUCUGGGAAUGAGGACAACCAUCCUAGUCCCACGCCAGAAGGCUGUUUGAGUUCUGAACUUGAAAAAGAAGUUUCCCCAGGCCAGCUGCAGUUUGUCCUCUCACCCGCCUCUCAGGAGGAGCUUGACUCUGAAGUCUCAGAUGACUCUGAUCAAGAGGUGGAUAUUGAAGGUGACAAGGGUUAUUUGAACGGUCCCCAUCAGUAGCCUGUUUCUCCUCGAACCUUGAGAAUGGAUGUUCCCUCGGCUUGACUUUAAGAAGAGCUGGCUUGACGGAAGCAACCUAUUUGCUGCAGAAGGAAAGAUCUUUCCAUCGGAGGGGGAAUGAGACAAGCACACAGUGGCGUAGGUCUAAUAUCCAUUGUUUGCGCUAGACUAUCAAUUGCUAUAUGGAAUAAAUCCUUUUAUUGACUGGCAAUUGAUGCUUACGGUGGCUGGUGGAGCAAAGGACAUGGUCAUCUUUUGCUCCUCAACUUUCCAGGUCUAUGACACUUCUUCUUCUUCCUGCUGGUUGGGAAGAGUGCUGAGACUAAAUGGACGGUUCCCCUCUUUUCAGGCAGUUUGACUACAUUUGCUUUUAUGAACGAAAGAAAUCUCUUGCUGUUCAUCUAUCUUCAGAGAGCUCUUUUUCACAUCCUGCUGGAAAUAUCCUCCAUCUUCCUCCAUGGAUUGAGGACAUGAAGAUCUUUUGGCCAGCCGAGGAAGGAAAAGUAACACAACAAAAUGACAAUGAACCUUUUGGUUUCCUGAGUUGAAUAUUCACUACUGGGAUGGAACUGUUUGCAAGAUGUCCUAAGUGUGGUGGAUUUAUAAGGGAAACAGAGGUUUUGCAGGCUGUCUUCUUUGUGAAAGUGUUUGUGGAGUUUAGUAGAUCCCAUCAAGAUUGACAAUGAUGUAUGUAUAACUAGCAUGUACCAUGAAACAUGGACACUGGGCAUAUGUCAGGAUCUUUAAAAAUCAUAUUGAAUUUUAUCUUAAUUUUAUUAGGAAUCAUAGAAUGGUGAAGAAGACAAAUGUAUCUUUGUCCACAAUAUUUUCUACAGGAGGGACGGGCUAACUUAAGGGUCUUCUUUCCUUCCAUAAGCAGAUGCAUUACAGAUUUGGGAUUUAAAGUGAUGGGAAAAAUUAUGCAACACAUCUGAGGAUCCUCAAAGUUGGGGAAGGAUGCUAUAUGUGCAUGUUUAUUGGAACCUAAGUCGUGAGUUGACAUAUUUUAAAUGCAACAGGCAAAAACAGGGAAUAAUCUAAGAUCAGCUGUAUAACAUAUGUUUUUCACAUUUACACCAAUCAGAGUUUUUAGUAGUUUUUUUAAAAAAGAAAAGACAUAGUCAAGAAAAGUAUGUCAUGAUUUUAAGUUGUCUGUUUGUUAGCUCCAAUCUUCAGCUUUACCAAAGCCAUCUAAAUGUUCAAUCUAUUAAAAACAGAAUAGAAGGGGAGACGGCAACAGAGAAAAGUGCCCAGCACUUUGUAGGAAUUAAAGCCACUAAAAGAUUACAAAAACUCUCAGCAGGAUUUAUGUCUGAGUAGACAUUGGUAAGCCUUGUUUUAACUCAGUGGUUCCCAACCAUUGGUCCUCCAGUUGUUUUGUACUUCAACUCCCAGAAAUCACCACAAGCUUAGCAGCUGUUAGGAAUUGUGGGAACUGAAGUCUAAAACACCUGGAGGACCAAAGGUUGGGAAGCACUGUUAAAACUAAAUGAAUACUUUGACUUCAAACUAAUAACUGGAGCAUCACCAAAAUCCUCAAAGUAUUUGAACCACUCAUUUGGGGAAAAAGAAGAAGGAUAAAGCCAAAAGAAAUGGAAAUGAGAUGGGAUUGAGAAAUCAAAGUUCAUCAUCCAGGUGCCUUACACAGUGUAAACUAGAAGAAACGCACUAAAGGAUUACAAAAGCUUUCAGUAGGAUUUACUUAAGUGUAGCGAACAGGAGGACAUAGGUUUAAAUAAACCAAUGGUACUCAACCUAUGGGUCCCCAGAUGUUUUGGUCUUCAACUCUUAGAAAUCCUAACAGCUGGUAAACUUGCUGGGAUUUUUGGGAGUUGUAGGCCAAAACACUUGGGGGCCCACAGGUUGAGAACAACUGAACUAAAAGAAUAUUUUGAAUUCAAACUAAUUGCUCCAGUUUCACCAAACAUUUUCAACAGGAGGCUGAGCCUCAUUCAAGCAGCAAUUGCCAUUGGGGUGUGACAAGUUGAUGGGGAUUAGGUGUUGCUCAAGCUUUAUAUAAAGUUCCGCUAUAUGAGGGAAUUGAGCAUCCGUGGGGUUUUUUGGUUAUAUGUGGAGUCCUGGAACCAAUCCCUUAUUGAUAGAAAGGACUGACUAGACACAAUAAAACCCAGAAUAAAACCAGCAAAUGCAAAUAAUUGAAGAGAAUCAGAAUGUAUUGCUGACAAAGACCAAUUAUAGAAAGGGGUGCCCAUCUUACAUACCGGACAGGCCUAGCAUUUGGUAACACCCAGGGCUACUUAAGGUUUAAAUAAUAAAUCAUUCCCUCAACUUUACUUAGGACUUCAUCCCAUGACUUUAGGUUUCUGUUUCUGUUUCUAUGCUUUUCAUAAAUGGAGCCCAUGACAUGACAUAAGGGUACUUCCGAUGGGACACCAUGGGGCUCCGUUUACCCAUCAAACAGAAUAAAGCAGGAGAAAGUGAGGGAAAGACAGGCAUUGACUAGAUAAGGACGUGGAAUGGCUGACCAUCCCAGAAGCCUAGGAACUUUAUUUCCCCCUCUUGUGGGAUAAAGUCCCUAGUCUAUUCUAGGAUUCUUAUUUCUUUUAAGAUCUUUCUCCAUUUCUCCCCAAUCCUAAGUCUUCAAAUGCUUCCCAGCUAUUCUUUUGCAGGUUUGGUCUAGGAACACUCUGAUUUGUUUUUGUAGGCUUUCCCGUUCUGAUGAAUCUUCCUAAGGAAGAGCCAUUCACAUCCCCAAAGCGAAUAACUAAUGAAAAGUUAUGAUGAACAUCAAAAUUAUUCAGGAAAACCAAUGAGUUAAAGCCACGCAACUAGAAAAAAAAUAUUGUGAAUUAGCUGGUUUGAUCCAAGCUCUGCGCAGAGGGACCUGUCUUUCAGCCAUCUAUGCUUUGCUGAUGUCCAAAUAAGAUUAUUGCAAUGUACAUUCUUUGAAGUUUGUUCAGAAAAUGCAGCUAGUGCAAAAUGCUGCAGCUGAAUUGAUCAGAGGGACCAGAACUUCUGAAUCUGUAUCAUUUGCAUUCUGGACCAUCAACACUAGUUGCUGAUACAUUUCAAGGUGCAAUUCUAACUCUUAUACUGUUUACUUCUAUCACAAUCCUGCCUAUUCUUGAACUCAUCAUCUUUGGCCUUUUUUCAAGUAUUCCCUGUGAGAAAAGAUUAGGGAGUAGUGACAGGAGAGAGGGUCUUUUUGGUUGUGGCCUCCAACAAUUGACUGCUUUUAAAUCUCUGCCUUAGCCUGACCGAUUAUUUCUAUAAUUUGCGAGGUGAGGGUGGGGGGUGAGAAGAGGACAUAUUUUUUAUAUUAUGUUUUAUGUUUAGGAGGGAUUUUUUUUUACUGUAAGAUGCCGUUGAUUGAAGAAAAAGUGGAAUUGAAUGAUUGAACUUGGAACCUUUUGCAUUGAAAAUAUGAGCCCUGUUACAGAGACAUAGGAUGGAGCUCUUAUGUUCUUUUCCAGCUGUCCUUUCAUUUAAAAGGAAUUUUUGUUCCUCAAAUGUCACUUUUUUGCAGUGAUGAAUGUAAAAUGUAGGCAAUUUUGUUUUUUGAACAGGGAGGAAAUGCACGCUUCAAAUGCUCUGAUGUACUCAUUGAUUCAUGUGUUGUAGGAGCUGGUCCUGUAAAAAUCUGUUUAAACCUUAUUAUAGGGUAAUAAUCACACUAAGGAUAUGACAAUGACAAGUCCUGUGGCACCUUGAAGAUGGAAAAAAAUCAUUUCAGGAACUACAACCUAUUUCCUCAGAUGUGUUGAACAUAAUCCAGACCAGAUUUGUGUGUGUGUGUAUACUUAUUGUACCAGGGAUGCAACUAUGGCAUGAGAUUGACUUGAGCAAACAUCCUACGAUUAUGUUCUUUUCAUACGCUUAUAACAUGUUGCACUAAAUGUCCAUUUAGCCUGGUAUUUUCGACACAGACUGGUACUGUUAGCUGGUUCUUUUUUAUUUGGAGAUGCUUCGGACUUUAACCAGGAACUUCAGCAUGCAAAACCUGUGCUCUUGACACCGAUUUAGGUAACACACAUAGACCACUAAGUGGUAACAGAAGUCUCUCUCCACUUAUUUGUGUUGUCUUUCCCAAACUGAUUUACAGUGUUAUAAAAUGCCUUGUAUUUUUUAAUGAUUGGCAAUGAUGUCAUGAAAAAAUUACAGAACAUUUAUAAAUAAACACACUUCUCUCAAA